AUGAGACCUAAUAGAACGAGACGCUCAACAAUGAAGCCGCCUCCUCCAAUUGAAAAAUGGACCAAGGAAGACGUCCACCUGUGGCUGAUGACAGAGGUCAAAGUUCACGUGACUUGUGCAAACAGAUUUUGUGAAGAGGAAGUGUCGGGAGAGAGUUUAGUAGUCUUUGAAAAGACAGACAUAUUGGACAUGGGAAUAAAACACGGUCCUGCUGUCAAAAUCACAUCUUAUCUAAAUAGUCUAAAGGAAGGAUCCAAACAUGAGUCAAAGUUCCCAGCAUAUGUGGAAAACUGGACAAAAGAGCAAGUGAACCAGUGGUUACUUCAAUAUGUGAUGGUCUAUAGCAAAUAUGUAGAACGGCUCCUUGAGGAAGAUGUGUCUGGAGAUUGUCUCGUUUGCUUCAAGAAGCAGGAUUUUCGGGACCUGGAAGUGAAAAGUGGUCCUACUGUAAAGAUUCUGGCAGAACUCCGUCAGCUAAACGACAAAUCAGAACCACCAUUGCAACCCAUCCCUGACACCAGCACAAAACUGACCGAAACUCCAAACCCCACUCAACCUGAACUGAGUCUGGCUCAGGCCAUAGCAACCAAACAACCAGUAUCCUCACAAAACAAAAUUGAAUUAGAAACAGAAAAUGAGACUGAAAAUGCUCAGCAGCCAUUCAAGAGAGCUUCAGAGAAGGAGAAAAUUCAGCAGCCAAAGGACUUGGUGGCCAGGAGAAAAGAAACUAAUGGGAACAAAGUCCUACAAGAUAUACUCAAGAUCACUGUGGAGAUCAAGAAUACUCUUGACAACCUUUCAAAAGAUGACCUGAAAGAAUUUCAUUUCUAUGAAUACACUAAAUGCACGAAUAAAUCGAUUCCUAAAGGUAAACUGGAGGGCAAGGACACGAUGGACACUGCUAAGCUAAUGACAGACCACUAUGGAGACAAAGACGCUUUACGAGUCACACUAGACAGUCUACAAAACAUCAAUCAGCGUGAAGUUGCUCAUGAGCUGAAAAACAGGAUGGGUCAACUGGAGCAGCAGAGUCUUCUUUCGAAAGACCUUUUGAAGAAAGAAGCUAACCAGGGGGACAAACUAAAGAAUUUGUUAACUUGUGGUGAGAACUCACUCGACCAAUAUGACAGAUUUGUUAUUGUUGUGAACAAGAGCAGUCCAGAACAAGUGCAGUAUCUCCAGUUUUUGAAUAAGCUAAAACUGUUCUGUGUGUUAGACUUUGACCCCAACUCUAUUGCUCCUGGGGGACUCUGUCAUUCCUACAGAGAGUCAAGGAUGGCCAAUCUGCAUAACCCAUCACAAUAUAAAGGACAGACUGACUCAGUAAUAAAGGACCUUAACCUCCGCAAACAGACUAGCUGGGUCUUCUGCAAUGGCAGACAUGACCUUGACAGCGACUUGAACAAAGAGUUAGACUAUAAGCACUGGCUGAGGAAAUCUUGCAGGGAUGUAGAGCAGUUGGUAUCAUUCAUUUGCAACCCCGAAGUUCUUCUCCGUGGAAGAAGUCUCAUCAUAUUCCUCCUACUUUCACCUGUGGCCACUGAGAAAGACCCAAUCUUUGACAUCUACAAGUCUUUCAUAAAACACACUAAGGAGGAACACAUCAUAACUAUUUGCGAUUCUCAAAGCACGUAUGAGAAGUGGAGGGAGCUGAUACUAGAAAAGUGUGAUUUUGAUAUUGACUGUCUAUCCAUAAAUGAACUAACCCUAAGUGAGAUCAAUGGUACUAUAAUGGCACUAGGACCAUUCAAUCAGUCAUCUGGAAGGCUGCUUCCUUCUUCUGGUUCCAGUGCCAUUGUCUUCAAACAGAAGGAUGAAGAUUUCAUGACUGCUCUGGAUAUUUUAUGUCAGAAUCAGUGUGAAAACACCUAUGAUGAGAAAAGUCCAGAGUUCGAUGACUUCAGAAUCAAAGUUGAGGAGGAAUUCUACAGAGGAGGCAAAGUCAAAUGGUGGAACUUCUACUUCUGUGACAAAGAUAAAGAGAAGCCAUUUGUUAAACGGGACAAGUAUGAAAAUGUGAAAAAGAUGAUUAAGUCUCAGUUGAGAGAUUCAAAAGAUGUUUGUGCUCUGCUCAAUCUGUUUCAUCAACCAGGCUGUGGAGGUACCACCUUAGUAAUGCAUGUGAUGUGGGAUCUCCGUCAUGAGUUCAGAUGUGCUGUGCUGAAAGACAACGCACUGCCAAAGACAGAAGUUGCCAUUCAAGUUAGGAGGCUCAUGAAACUUGAAAGUGACAAACCAUCUCCAGUUUUGCUGUUCGUCGAUGAUUUAACUGAAUCCGAGAAUCCUCACGAUCUUGUGAACUGCAUACGUGAAGAAGUUAGCUUGAACAUUAAUGUGGCUGAUGAACCAAACUGCAAAGUCAUCAUCCUUAACUGUGUUCGUUCACAUAGCCCAAAGGAGCAAUACAGGCAACACAAUCCAACACAAAGUCAACACAUAACUUCUUCAUUGACAAAAGAAGAGCAGAAGGAGUUUGAAAAGAAGCUCAAAGAGCUCAAAGAAACUCAUGAAAAACCAGAAAACUUUUACAGCUUCAUGAUCAUGAAGAAUAAUUUUGACAAAAAAUACACUGAUGAUCUUGCUCGUAACACACUGGAGAACUUUGAUUUCAGCAAAAAGGAGGCCCGACUGUUUGCCUUCCUAGCAUUACUGAAUACCUAUGUGGCAAAAUCUGAGAUUUCUCUCUCUCUCUCUGAAAAUAUUUUGGGGAUGCAAAUUAGAGAUUGGAGCGUUGACAGUGUACUGGACAGAAUGAAGCCAUAUUCAAACUUUCUCAUCGUACACAAAGUUGAAGAAUGGGGAGGAUACAAAGCAAUCCGAAUCCUUCAUCCGACCAUUGCAUCUGCCUGUCUGGAAGAGUUGGAGAGAAGCUGCUCUUUAAAAGUCAGCGAUAUCACUAUGGAAAUUCUUCACUGUGAUCUGUUCUUCAGUGUUGGAGUUGCCAAACACAGACUCUCAAUUCAACAAAUGUUGAUUAAAAGGCUGCACAAGAAAGAUGAGCGAAAACAAUUUUCUCCUCUUAUAGAAGAAAUCCACAACAAGCAAGGGAGACAAACUGUCCAAGAAAUCUUUGUGAAAGCAUCAUCCAGGUUUGUGACAAGUGUAUCUAUUCCUCAGGCACUGGCGAGAUAUUUGUACAUCAAUGAACGUGACUUCCCAGAUGCUCUGAAAUGGGCAGAAACGGCCAAGAACAUCAAAGAAAACCCAUACACAUUAGACACAAUUGGGCAGAUUUACAAAAGUAAUUUAAAAUGUAACAAAGACAGAGAAAAACAGGAAACAACACGCAAUCCAGAAGACUUAAACACAAACAUUAAACUAGCCACUAAAGCUAUUACAGCGUUUAAAAGGGCACAAGAGCUGGCAAACACUGAGGAUGAACUGGAAGCUACUGAUGAUGAGUCGGAUGACUAUCCCAGAAAGUCAUAUAAUGUUAAUGGCUAUGUGGGUGUGCUGGAAAUCGCUUUCCUGGUCUUUGAGAUAUUGCGCAUAUUGCCGUUCUUUGACGAAAGUGAUCCAAUGAAGAAGAAGUACUUGCAGAGUUUCCUGCAAAAAGCAUUCCCAAUCACCAGCGUGUAUAAGGAGGACAAUGAGAAGAACAACAGAUACGUGGAGAUCAUCAAGGAACACGAGCAGUUUCUCCUCAGUUUGAAAACUGAAGUAAAAGACACGUUUGAACUCCUUGACUCUUACUUCACAUAUAUAAAAGCUAAUGAUUCAGGCUUUGAUUCAAAGAAUCGUAGGACAGUCUGUGGUCAUUUUAAAGACUAUGUGAAUCUUUUUUGCACAUCAACAGAGGAAAUAAAAAAAGAACGACAAAGCAAUCCUAAUCUCAAUCUGAAAAUCAAUAUUGAAGAACGAAGAUCCUUUCUGGAAGAGAAUAAUGCAGAUACAUUCGCAGGGAUUCUUCAGCAUUUGGACAAACCUGCCGUAGAGAUCGAGGGGAUCACAAAAUGCUAUGCAUUCUUACAACAACAACAAUUUAUCAACAAAACACAAAAGACAAAGGGAACAAUCAAUUACAUUUUGUCAAACAUAGUUCUUUACCUUUUGAAACCAAACUCUAAACGUGUAAAGAGUAACAGCCACCUGUCUGAUCUACUUUUGAAAACUCUGCAAGAAGUAGGACUAAGGUAUCCCUUCCCUGACCCAUACUACCUGGCUCUGCUGUUAUUCUGGCCAAGUUCUACUGAGGACAACAAAGAAAUCGUGACAUAUGUGAGAGCAAUUCGAAACUCAUCUCGCAAGCACCUGAUUUUAUUGUGUCGAAAUAGGAGCACUGUUGCCCACCUCUACUUGGGGAAAGAAGAAGGACUCAGGAGGCUUGUUUCUAAACCUCAACUAGAUGAGAAUUUUAAAAAGAUGCGCCGUGAUACCUUGGCACAACUUUGGCGAAAUGGAGAUACAUUUAAAGACAAAGCAAUUAUCAGCCGCCUUCGUCGAGUCAGUGGAACCAUUGAGCAAGGAGAGGUGUUUGCAAACUAUGGAAAACUGAAAAUCCCUGUGCGUCCAGCUCUCAUUGCUGGUACAAGAAGUGGUGGCAGUACAGAAAAUGUUUCUUUCUACCUUGGUUUUGCUAUUGAUGGACCCCUUGCUUAUGACAUCCAGAAUGAAAACUAGGGUAGUUGAUUGUACAAACAAGUGCAACACAAGCACUGACACAUGAACUGUACAAUGUGAACAAUAGGUGUGGCAUCCAGUGACUUAGUGUGAUGGAAACUCUUCAUGAAAGCACACGAGUAAAUUAAUACUAUUGAUUGCAAGGUUAAAUAGCAAUUCCAUAGCUCGAGCUUCAUAUUUUAUUUUAUGUUCAUUUUAUGUCACUUAAUCUUUUAUAAACAUUUGAUACUUUCUGAUGAGUUUUUGUUUGGUUGUUUUUUGUUGUCUGUUCCAUAUGUGGCACAUUCAGCAAACAGUCUCCUUUUCAUUUCUAUUCCUUUGCAAGUGCACAUAUCACAAUACAGUUGCUAAACAUUUUUUCUUUUGUACAAACAAGUGCAACACAAGCACUGACACAUGAACUGUACAACGUGAAUAAUCCAGUGACUUACUGUGAUGGAAUUUCAAAGUCAACUCAUAAAAACUUGAGCAAAUGAUAAGUAAGACAGAUUGCAGGGUUGAAUGCCAAUCAUGUUUUAUAUUCUUUUUUAUUUCAUUUCAUGUUCUAUAAACAUUUGUUAUCCACUUUUGUUGGUUUGUUUUUGUUGUCGUCUGUUGCAGAUUCAAAGUAGUUAGCAGUAAAACUGUUGCUCAUUUUCUUGAAGACAAAGAAAUCAAGGAGCCCUGGAUCUGCCAAAUCCCAGUCGAGAACCAUUGAUCGAGAAGAAGGCGUUGGAGGGUUAAAUGCCAUCCUGUAGCUCUAGCUGUAGUGCUGUUUAACCCCAUGUGUGAACCCUCCCCCUCCAGACCAAACAGUUGUGUAGUGUUGAAGUUUGAAGCAAUUUUGCUAAAACAAUAUUUAGGCUACACAGGGUUAUCUAUUUUAUUUUGUUGUUACUUUAUUCUGUGAUUGUAUUCUUUAUUGUGCAUAGUCUUUUUUAAAGACUUAAAGAAUAAAGUAUGGAAGCUUUAUAUUACAUGUGUGUGGCGCCCCUCUGUUGUGUAGUGAUUGGUAGCUCUACCUAUCUGCCCGAUUAGUUUGUAUUUUGUGUUUGUAUUGUAGAUUUGAAGUUUAGCACAAUUUGGUCCACACAGCAUUUUUAUAACAUUUUGUUGGUAUUUCAUAAUGUGAUUGCAUUUUUGAAUGUGCAUUGUUUUUCUUCUGUAUGUAACAGACUUUUGGAGAAAAUAUUUC